AUGUCUCCUCCUGCUCUUGUCGCUCCUGGCGCAGGUUCUGCCGCAAAGGAUGUGAAGAGAGAGUCCGGGAUUGCUCGACUUCUCGGGUCGGGAUGCUCGGGCAUUGCUGAACUUCUUAUCUUCCAUCCCGUUGAUACCACCUCAAAACGUCUAAUGAGUCAUCAUGGAAAGAUCACCAAUGUUUCGCAAUUGAGCACAGUCAUUUUCAAGGACUUUGCCUCUGCCUCCGCCGCAUCGAAAUUUACCUCCCUCUUCCCGGGUCUAGGAUAUGCAGCUGGAUACAAAGUCUUGCAACGGAUAUACAAGUAUGGUGGACAGCCAUUUGUCCGGGAUUAUCUGGCGAAGCACCAUGGCUCUUCGUUCGACAAUGCAUUUGGCAAGGGCACGGGAAAGGCAAUCAUGCAUGCCACAGCUGGAAGUUUGAUCGGUAUUGGAGAGAUUAUCCUUCUCCCUCUUGACGUCCUCAAGAUCAAGCGCCAGACCAACCCCGAAGCAUUCCGAGGCCGUGGUCUCCUCAAGAUUAUCAAAGACGAGGGCAUGGGUCUUUACCGCGGCGCAGGGUGGACCGCAGCGCGAAAUGCACCAGGUUCCUUUGCACUCUUCGGCGGCUCCGCUUUUACCAAAGAAUACCUUUUCAACCUAAAAGAUUACAACUCCGCCACGUGGCUUCAGAACUUUGUAUCGUCGAUUGCUGGCGCGAGCGCCUCGCUGAUCGUCUCCGCUCCACUGGAUGUCAUUAAGACACGGAUUCAGAACCGAAACUUCGAGAAUCCGGAGUCUGGCUUCCGUAUCGUAAGCAGCAUGAUCAAGAAUGAGGGCCUGACUAGUUUCUUCAAGGGACUGACGCCUAAGCUCCUCAUGACGGGGCCAAAGCUUGUCUUUAGCUUCUGGCUUGCGCAAACGUUGAUUCCGGCGUUUGGGAAGGUUGUGUAA